AUGUGUGUGAAUGGGAUUAGUUACUUCUCAUGGUCACUUUAACAACUCUGCCAUCAGUGUGUGAACGGAUGUGAAAGUUGAGAUCUGCGGUGUAAAAACGCUUUGAGUUGUCAGAAGACUCGAAAAGUGUUAUACAAGCUAGAGUUAGUUACUCAAAGGGAGGGGAAAGAAGAAGAAACUUUUCACCGCUGCAGUCCUGAUGAUCCUUCUGAAUAAGGCUGGAGGACCCACUGAGACCGAGGCCUCUUUUCCAGAUGAUGAAAGACGACCUUUGCUCCUUUUCUGCAAACUGAAGCGAAUCAUCUGCUCUGUGUCUGGAGUUUAAACUGCCAUCAGCUGAACCAGAACCAGUCUGAGCAGAGGCCGGACCAAAGCUGAGCAUCUGAAGAAACAGGUUCCAGUCUGGUCCAGUCAUGCAGUCUCUGACAGAGGAGAUCCAGAGUUUCCCUCGCACGCGGCUCAGGAAGCAAUGCACCCGUGUGACAUCACUGAGCGGCCGCCGCAUCAUCGAGACCUGGAAGGGCUCCACGAUCACCGUGGUUGAAGACCCCGUGCCCCCUGAGACGAUGCUGGGAUACAUCCCCGACACUUCCUGGGACGUGCAGGUUGGCAUCGUCAAGCCCUUCCUGCUGCUGGGUUCCCAAGAUGCUGCCCAUGACUUUAGCACUCUGAGAAAACACAAGGUGUCUCACAUCUUGAACGUGGCCUUCGGGGUGGAGAAUGUGUUUCCUGAUCUCUUCAUCUAUCGGACCGUCAGCAUCAUGGAUCAUCCAGACGCUGAUAUUCUGCUCCACAUGAACUGCUGUGACUUCAUCCAGCAGGCUCGCAAUGAAAAAGGCGUGGUGUUGGUCCACUGCAACGCCGGUGUUUCGCGGGCUCCUGCGGUGGUCAUUGGCUGCCUGAUGUCAUGUGAGGGCCUGUCCUUUGACGCUGCUCUGUCAUUGGUCAAAUCAGCUCGUCCUGCCUCCUCGCCAAACCCAGGUUUCCUGGAACAGCUGAGGAAAUACAAAACGCCGAUGGUGAACGGAUCCAAACACUGAAGGAGGGAAAAGGAAAUGUUCAGAAUGAAUCGGCAGUUUAAGAACUUAGUGAUUUUAAUGAGACUACAAGAUUUUAGUGUUAGAAUAUUUCAGAUAUUUUUUAUAGUGUAGUGAAAGGUCUGGUUUUAUGAUGCUGAAUAAUCAAACCAGAGGAUACAUAUAAAUCAGAUUUAUUUCAAAAUUUGCACAGUUCUUGCCUCUAUGAAUUGAUCCUGACCCCAAAAAACAUCAGAAAUGUAUCGAUGAGUUUGUCUGAAGUCAUUAUUAUUUCAGAAACAGUUUUCACACUCUUAUAGAUUUGUUUCUUUUUUCGAUUUCCAUUCUUGUAGUCUUGUGUGUUAUUAUUGACCAUGUCCUCUUUGUGCCGUCUUUUUCAG